AAAUUGAUGGCCUUUGCGCUUAAAAAUCUGCAGUGAAAAAGGAAGAAAUGGAGGAUGAGAGGAAGGGUCCGGUCGUGGUGACGGGAGCCAGUGGGUACGUGGGUUCGUGGCUGGUUAUGAAGCUUCUUCAAAAGGGUUAUGAGGUCAGGGCUACAGUCAGAGACCCAACAAAUCCUAAAAAAGUGGGGCCGUUGUUGGAUCUUCCGCGCUCGAAUGAACUGCUCAGCAUAUGGAAAGCAGAUCUAAAUGACAAUGAAGGGAGCUUUGAUGAGGUGAUAUGUGGAUGUGUUGGGGUGUUCCAUGUCGCUACUCCCAUGAAUUUUCAAUCCAAAGACCCUGAGAAGGAAGUGAUACAACCGGCAAUCAACGGUUUGCUGGGCAUACUGAGGUCAUGCAAGAGGUCAGGCAGCGUAAAGCGUGUGAUAUUCACAUCUUCUGCAGGAACAGUAAACGUGGAGGAACACCAAGCACCGGUUUACGACGAGAGCUCCUGGAGCGACCUCAAUUUCAUCACCCGAGUCAAAAUGACCGGUUGGAUGUACUUCGUAUCAAAAACACUUGCAGAGAAGGCUGCUUGGGAGUUCGUGAAAGAAAAUGACGUUGAUUUUAUAGCCAUAAUUCCCACAUUGGUGGUGGGUUCCUUCAUGACAGAUGAGAUGCCGCCAAGUUUGACCACUGCAUUUUCAUUAAUUACAGGAAAUGAAGCUCAUUACUCGAUAAUAAAGCAAGCUCAAUUUGUUCAUUUGGAUGACUUAUGUGAUGCUCAUAUUUUCCUUUUCGAGCAUCCGGACGCAAAUGGUAGGUACAUUUGUUCUUCUCAUGAUUCAACAAUUUAUGACUUGGCAAAAAUGCUGAAGAAGAGAUAUGCCACAUAUGCCAUUCCUCAAAAGUUUAAAGAUAUUGAUCCAAAUAUUAAGAGAGUAAGUUUCUCUUCUAAGAAGUUCAUGGACUUGGGGUUCAAGUACAAGUACACUAUUGAGGAUAUGUUUGAUGAUGCUAUUAGUAGGGAAAAGAAUCUCUUACCGCCCAACACUGAGGAACCAGCCUUAGUUGCCGAGAAGUAUGAGGAAGUGAAAGAACAAGUGCAGGUUUCAAGCAGCUGCGAUGGACUUCUCACUCGACCAAGAAAUAUUGAUGAUGAAUUUUGAAAAUAACGGCAACAGGUUUGAAAUGGAGGUAAUUUAAGCUUCAGUCAAAAUGUUUUCUUUAUCUUAAAGUCAUUGUUGUUAAGCUACAAUAGCGUUUAUGCGGUGCUAUUCGGGUGUUUAUGAUGUAUUAUUCUUGAGUUAUUUCUGGUGUUCAAUAGUUUUUAAUCAGAUGUUUUUAU